AUGUCUUCUAUCUUAGAACACUUGUUGGAUGUGGAAGAACAUCAGCAACAACAUGUGGACUUCGCCAAGCCCAAAUUCCAGAUAAAAGAUCUAACAAAAGACUCAGAUGAUGGAAAAAUUCAUAUACUCAAAGGCAUCACCGUUGAUAUUCCAAAGGGUGUGAUUGUUGGGAUCAUUGGCCCUAGUGGCAGCGGCAAGUCAACUCUCUUAAGGGCUUUGAAUCGCCUCUGGGAGCCACCUUCCUCCUCCAUCUUCCUCGACGGUCAAGAUAUAUGUCACCUGGAUGUUCUUUCCCUCCGCCGUAAGGUCGCCAUGCUCUUUCAGCUUCCUGCUCUCUUUGAAGGGACAGUUGCGCACAACGUGAGAUAUGGUCCACAACUGAGGGGAGUAAAGCUAACAGACGAUGAGGUGGGGAAGUUGCUGACAAUGGCGGAUCUGGAUGCUUCUUUCAUGGAUAAGUCUGGUGCUGACCUCUCUGUAGGUCAGGCUCAAAGAGUCGCACUUGCAAGAACUCUAGCUAACUCACCUGAGGUUUUGCUGUUGGAUGAGCCUACUAGUGCAUUGGAUCCAAUAUCGACAGAAAACAUAGAAGACGCUUUGAUGAAGUUGAACAAGAACAAAGGCAUGACACUGAUCAUGGUUUCUCAUAGCAUCAAACAAAUUCAAAGGAUGGCUGAUGUAGUGUGUUUGGUUGUUGAUGGUGAAAUUGUUGAAGUUCUUAAGCCUGAUCAAUUAUCUCAAGCCAAACAUCCUAUGGCAAGAAGGUUUCUUGAACUAAGUUCUUAA